AUGGCAUGGGAUCGUGGCAUCCUCAACCGAGCACGAGAGCAACAGUAUCUCGGCCGGGGAAUAUCAUACGACAGGGAUGCCGCGAGCCUCAAGGUGCCAGGGCGGUGGGAUCCAUUGGCCAGGCCGGCUGCCCGCAGGGGAGGGAGGAAAGCCACCGGCAGCAAUCCGCCGGCCGCCUCCGGGGUGUGGGGGGCUGCCGAGCCCCGGGUUAUCCGAGAGACCAGAGCGGAAGAGGCAAGGGAGGUGACGCUUUCCCCCGUCAAAAUGUUUGCUGCCCAUGUCCGGGCUGCGGACGAUACGUAA